GGCGAGGACGGGAGAAUAACACGGGAGGAAGCUUGAGAAGGAGGGAAGCUGUAAGAGCUGGUGGGGAAGAGGGAGAACCACAGCAGCCAGCGGAGAUGGAACUCACGGCUGAGAGGAGGGAGACUCGCUGAGCAGAGCGGCAGGAGAUGAGCAGAAGCGGCGGCCGAGCACCUCAUCCAUCCGCUCAGGCAGCCAUGCUCUGAGCCCUGGAGCCGCAGGCUCACACGCACCGCGCUCAGGCCCAGCGCCAGGCCUCCUCUGCCCCCCGUCCCAGCCGGAAGCACCGAGGCCGGGACGCCAGGAGAGUCCGCUUCCACCUGCACUGCUCGCCCGCCAUGAGGACGUCCAGGAAGGGCAGCGUGGAGAUGCCGGCGUUCGUGCGGCAGCUGGUGAAGGAGACCGAGAAGAGGGUCAGCUCCUUCUUCAGAGCAGGCCGAGGAGGGGGAGCGGCGGAGGGGGAGCCGGCGGGGCAGGGGGAGAAGGAGGAGGUGAACCCCAGUCCGUACCUGGAGCGGCCGGUGCUGGACAAGCUGACGGAGGAGGGCUGCGCCCGCUGGGGCCUGACCUACGCCCUGGGCAGCAUGCAGGGCUGGAGGGCCAACAUGGAGGACUUCCACAACUGCGUGCCGCAGCUGGGGGGCCAGCUGGCCGACUGGAGCUUCUUCGCCGUGUUCGACGGCCACGCGGGCAGCACGGCGGCCCAGUACUGCUCCCAGCACCUGCUGGGUCACAUCCUGGCCACAGGUGGCUUGGGUGCCGAAGACGACCCGGAGACGGUGAAAGGCGCGCUGGUCGCGGGUUUCCUGCAGACGGACAGGCACCUGCACUCCGCGGCCCGCAGGGAGGGCUGGGAGCGCGGAGGAACCACGGUGGUGGCCUCGCUCAUCACCCCUUACUACGUCUACUUCGCCAACUGCGGGGACUCCCGCGCCGUGCUGUGCCGGUCCGGUCAGGUCUGCUUCGCCACCGAGGACCAUAAGCCGUACAGCCCCCUGGAGAAGGAGCGCAUCGAGAGCGCCGGAGGCUCCGUGUCCCUGCAGCGAGUCAACGGCUCGCUGGCGGUCUCCCGCGCCCUGGGGGACUUCAGCUACAAGGGGGCGGAGAACCGCUCACCCAUCGAGCAGAUGGUCUCUCCGGAGCCGGAGGUCUGCGUGGUCGAGCGCUCGCCAGCCGACGAGUUUCUGGUUCUGGCCUGCGACGGCGUGUGGGACACCAUCAGCAACGAGGAGCUGUGCGCCUUCAUCCGCAGCCGCCUGCGCGUCUGCACCGACCUGAGGGACGUCUGCGCCCAGGUCAUCGACCUCUGCCUGUACAAGGGCAGCCUGGACAACAUCAGCAUCAUCCUGCUCUGCUUCCCUGGCGCCCCCCAGCUGUCAGCAGAGGCACUGCACCAGGAGGCUGAGCUGGAGGACCUGCUGGAGUCCAAAGUAGCCGAGAUUUACGAUGAGCUGUGCGGCCGAGGAGAAGAACCCGACCUGCUGUCGGUCCUCACAAUCCUCGCCUCCACUGUUAUACCGGGACUGCCACCAGGGGGCGGCAUACAGAGCAAGAGGAACUGCAUCAUUUCAGCCUACUACCAGCAGCGAGACACCCAUCAUCCCAGCGUCCACAACGGACCCGCCGGCUCCUGAGCGGCCCUCAGACGGACCGCGCUCACCUCCGUACUCUACUGUCGUGCGCGCGAUUUGGGGAAAAGGGAAGCGGUUUGUUUACGUCAAACUAUCAAGAAGCACUUUCUUUCCACAACAAUUGCAAUGCAACGCUAAACCUGAUAGCAGUUUAUAUUUCUACGAGAGAUUUUGUAAAUCGUUCUCAGAGACUCACAGCAGUUCAGGAAACCGUGACUCUCCUGUUCACCUGAUGAAAUGCACAAGUCGGCUCGGAGGCUGCAGGAGCGCCUCAGCGCAACCCUCCUCGCCGUCGCUUCCACAUCUCAGCUGUGACUCGUGUUCCCCGCCGCCUAUUUUUGCCAACAAAGGUGGAUAUUUUAAAACCCUCCCUGUACUUUGCCUGUGAAAUGUAUUGACUGGUUUGUGGGACAGUUGUGUACUGUGUUGCCUUAUUUAUCUGUCAUCGUCAUCGAUCUGCGCCAAAGUGGGUCGUGCUGGCGCCGAGAGCUUCAUCCGGCUUGCUUGGUGAUGUUUCCGUAGAAGACGUCUGUGUAGAGAUGUUACAAAGUAAUAGUGUUUCAGACACAAUUGUUUUCAAUCUGAAUAAAAAAGUUCAGCCGAUGACUUCAAUUUGACCUUUGACCCCGCAUGUGAGCCUUGAACAUCACUGCCGCCAUGUUUGGUGGGUGACCAACGCUCCGAUCUGAGAGCUAAUAAGUAAUAAGCUUAUUACCUGCUAAUAAACAGUGAUUAUGGUCUUGGUCAUAUUUGGUCAUGAAGCAACAUCAUGAAUAAUUACUAGCUAAUAACCCUCUAAUAAACAGAUAUUUAUAGCAAUAUAUGUCCUCUAAACCAGGGGUUCUAAUCUUUUCAGGGCCCAUUCAAGCAGUAGAACUGACUCAUCACUCUCAAUUUCAUGUGUUCAAUAACCAUAUUUAAUCUACUUACAACAAAGCAAAACCUUGUGAAAUGACAUGAAACCAUGGGAUCAGUGCAAAGAUAUUUAUUUCACUUGAGGCAAACUAUUGAGUAAAAUGAAAAAAAAACUUCAUAAUAAAAUUAAUACAAUAAAAGAAUGCAUAAAUAUAAAAAAAUAAAACUAAUGUGUUUUAUUUUCAAAACAAACUCGAAAGAAGAUAUAAGUGAAGUCUAAAUCGCCAUAAACUUUUCUAAAUAAUUCUACUUUGCUUUCAUGAACAGUGGUUACUGUUAGGGGGUGUGACGUCACUUUCUUUAUCAUUUUUUUCUUUUCAAGAACUUCUCCAUAGUUAGUAACUAUCAAACCUGCAACUGUCAAGUCAAUUCAAUGACAAACUGCUGAGCGUCACACGGCUUCUAGCGGCCCGGCCCUGUGCUUAAGGAUCAGUGCUCCAAACUAAAGUCAGACUUGGCCGACCUCACCUGUCCGCUGAUCUGACCUCCGACCUCAAGCUCAAAGGUUCUGACUGGUGACUGAAUUCCAGCAGAUGUGACCUGACUCAAAGACUCAAAGCUCCAUCUCACUCUUUGUUAUGGAGCCGAUGACCUUGGUGGCUGCUUCAGCUGAAGUACGUUCUUCUUCUCCUGGAUUAAGAGCCACAAAGGUUUGGUCCGACGGGAGCCUCAGCGUCGCGGUGCCGUCUGAGGGAACCAGAUGAGCUCAUGUCCUCAACACAGCCGGCGACGUGCUGCGCCUUCUGAUGGUUGUUUCAAGUUGUUCACUGUUAUGCCGCUGUGGAGCCACUAGUAGGCAAAGCGCGACCCGGGGCCACAUGCGGCGCUCUACCUGCAUUUAUCCGGUCCUCAAAACCACCAGAGACAUUUUACUUUCAUGUUCUGCUGUUUGAAUUCUAAUAAUGAAUUAGAUUUUUUUAUGUUCCCAUUUUCCUAGUGACAUUCAGUUUUACUGCUAAAGAGUCUGAUAUGUUGGUCCCUCAAUAAAAAUCCCUGUAGAUGAUGUAUAUUGAAAAUCUUUCUAUAAACUAGAACAGUGGAGCGAAGUGUUAUUACAGGGUUUUCUCCUGUUAUAACACAGUGUUCCAGAGAAGACUUUCCUCCCGUCCUCCAGGGCCCCUCACAGUGGCCACAGUUGGCGGAGUGGCCCUUCACCCUUCUCAUCCAGGAGUGGCACUGGUCCUGUGAGCCCGUCGUCAUGGCGAUCCCUCGGCCUCUGGCGGAGAGCCGUCGUGUCUGAUUCGAUGUGGCCGCGCGACGCUGUGAUGCAGAGAUUGAAUUGGGCCGGUUGCAUAACAAGCUGGCGGCGCCACCAUCAGCGGGGCCACGUCAGUGGCUUGAAGAGCUCCUCACCGCUGCUUCUGCCUGAUUGCUUUCGUAUGAGCCAAUCACUCGAGGACAUCAGACCCCUCUCCAGGCUUCCUUUCCCCCCCUCGCCUUCACGCUCACGGCAGAGAGAACGUCCGUGAAUCUGACUCUUGGUCAGAAGGCAGUGCUCCAGCCGGAUCCACGACCUUCUGCGCUCCACUUUCUGCUGACAGGAGACAACUUCUUUGAGCCGCACUCACCACCUGGAGGCCACACUCCCACUGUGGAACCCCAUGUGCCUCCAUGAUGUGGGAACGAAUGAGGAAAUACAUUGGACAAUAGCAGCAUCACCACGUUCACGUCCAACCAGAUUCAUCUCUUCACUUCUUUCAUUUUUAUUUAUUUUUGUGUAUUUAUUUUUCCGAUUUAUUUUCCCCAAAAAUUCAAGAUUAUUAUUAUUACUAUUUUAUUUCUGUUGCUGUUAUUAUUAAUGUGUAAUAUUUUUGAAUGCGAAGGACUUUGUGACCUCAAUGUGCUGUAUAAAUAUUAUACAUAUACAUUUCCAUGAUUUUUUUUUUUUUUUGCUGAAAAAAAAAAUCUUUCUUCAUUUUAUUUUAUUUAUGUGUUAAUGUGUAAUGUUCCUCUCAUUUUC